GAAGAUGCUUUUGCAUGAGGUCGUCGAGCAGACCUCAGCAUGUCUCUCAAAGUCCCUUGAAUUGAAUUGUCGGCGUGAAUCGCGAUCACUCGGGAGUAUCGUUCUUUUUUCUGUUGGAGCAUUGCCUGUGUUGGCGGUGAGUAGAACAAAAGUAUUCGACAGUGUAGGCGGGAUCAUUAGUUUUCGUAAACUAGAAGAGCUCCCGCGGCAUGGUUAAGUUCGUGUGGGCAGAGAAAGCUGCUUGGACGAUUCAGAAAUCCAUGGGGAAAAGUUUCGGAUGGUGUUCCAAUUGGUAUCGAGGGAAGGUCUCCAAAGAGCUGAAGAAAUACGGUUUACGGUACGAUGAUCUAUAUGACGAGAUGCAUGAUUUUGAUAUCAUGGAGGCAUUACACCGGUUGCCUACACAAGUUACAGAUUACCGUUACCAACGAUUAAAACGAGCCAUGGAUUGCGGAUUUAAACACAAGUAUCUUGACAAGAAAAUGCAGGCGAAGCAGACUCCAUUCGAGUUUUACUUACAAGACACCCUGGCACAGGUGAAAAGGGAACGGAUUGAAAGAGAAGCACAAGGCUCCGCAAUGCCAUAUCAACGUGAGAUGCCAUGAUAACGGAGAUGUGGGUAAGUGCCGUUCUUGUAGUAUGAUAUUGCAACUGCAAUCAUCACGUCCAAAGAACAUAAUCUGCACUGUUAUAAUGUACAAGGAUAUCUUCAUUUAACAACGUUCUGAUGCCUUCACUCCGCGUCAACGUCAACGUCCUGGUAGCUUUAUUCCACAACGCAAAUUUUCACAAAACCCAUUAAUUCUCUAAAAGCUUAUUUUUGCCAUGUACGCGGCUUUCCUUUUUAAGGGUUACUAUUUACGAUCAGGUCCAUUGCAAACCAUAAUGCUCAGAAAAUACGAUGACGACAGGAGUGAGCAGUAGCUUAUAUUGUAUUAGGCAUCCCAUUAUUCAGUUCUGUCUUGGAGCUUCAAUCGCUCCAAAUUCAUGACCAAAGCAGCAGGAAGCUUAUGAAGAGUGCCACAGACAGCCAUGAGGGCUGUAAUUCAAUGGGGUACGGGGAUCUGAGAGGAUCAGGAGCAAUUUUGGGCAGUUGAGAGAAGCUGUGAAGCUUUGAAGUUCUGUUGCGUGUCAUGUGCAUGUAAUCUCCUCUGAACUGAUCGCAAUUUAAUUAAGCUCCCAUAUUGUCCUGUC